GCACCAAGCCAUUCCUACAUUUUAGAAUCGACCAUUAUACCUUCUAACCUAGGGUUCGCCGGUUGCGAUACAAGAACACAGACGCCUCCAUUCUCGUCGGCUCCUCAAGCGAUUCCUCCCUGCUGGCCACCGAUUGCAAUCGCCGCCACUGGCCGGAGACCGUAUCGCCCAACAGCUAGACCUGCGACCUUGGCAUCCCACAGAUUCGAUUUAGGUUAGCAAAUAACAAAAUCGAGAAGUGAUCUAGGUAACGAUUUGAUGGAGCUGCUAAUAGCUGCUGACUCAACGCCUCCUCUGUCGGUGCUUGCUACGGCGGAAGUUGCCGGAGUUUCCCUCACAGUCAAUCCAACUCUCACGGUCGGCUCUCCGCCUAUCCUUGUCCUAACCAACAGGUUGAAGCUACGUGGAACAAAUGUACUUGUCAAGUAUCUUGGUCGCACAUCAACAACCAUUCCUAACUUGUAUGAGCGUGAUGCCUUUGAAACCAGGCAGAUUGAUGAGUGGCUGGAGUAUGCCCCUAUCUUGUCUCGUGGUUCAGAAUAUGAGGGCGCAUGCAAGUAUGUUGAUGGGUAUUUGUUGCAUCGCACUUUCUUAGUUGGUCAUAGUUUAUCGGUUGCAGAUAUUGCUAUCUGGUCAUAUCUUGCAGGAGCUGGUAAGAGAUGGGAAAGCUUAUUAAAGUCAAAAAAGUACCAAAACUUGGGUCGAUGGUACACCAUGAUAUCUACACAACAUGCUGCUGUAACAUCAGCAUCUUUAAAGAAAAAAGAGCACAAUUGUUCAACAAAUGUAAAACAUGAUAAUGAUUCCAAUCGCCCUGAAGCCGAUCUUCCAUAUGCUGAAUUGGGAAAAAUUUUGUUGAGAUUUGCACCGGAACCAAGUGGCUAUCUCCACAUAGGCCAUGCAAAAGCCGUUUUAUUGAACCAAUAUUUUGCUCAGAAAUACAAAGGGAAAUUAUUCCUACGGUUUGAUGACACAAAUCCUGCAAAAGAAAGCAAUGAAUUUGUUGAUAAUAUUUUAAGGGAUAUCGGGACAUUGGGAAUCAAAUAUGAAAAAAUCACAUAUACUUCCGAUUACUUUUCGAAUCUCAUGGAAAUGGCUGAAAAGUUUAUUAAAGAAGGGAAAGCAUACGUCGACGACACCCCAAAAGAACAAAUGAAGUAUGAGCGAGAGAAGAAAAUAGAAUCAAAGUGUCGGAAUCAGAGUGUCGAUGAAAACCUCAAACUAUGGAACGAGAUGGUUCUUGGAACGGAAAAGGGAGUUCAAUGUUGUUUAAGGGGUAAAUUGGAGAUGGGCAGUAAAAAUGGAUCAAUGCGGGACCCGGUUUACUAUCGGUGUAAUCCGAUUCCACAUCACCGAAUCGGAUCAAAGUAUAAAAUAUAUCCGACUUAUGAUUUUGCAUGUCCUUUUGUUGAUUCUAUUGAAGGGAUUACACACGCGUUGAGAUCCAGUGAGUAUCAUGAUAGAAAUCCUCAGUAUUCAAGGAUUCAAGAGGAUAUGGGGGUUAGGAAAGUUCAUUUGUAUGAAUUUAGCAGGUUGAAUAUGGUUUAUACAGUUUUAAGUAAACGGAAGUUGCUUUGGUUUGUUGAAAACAACAAGGUUGAUGGAUGGGAUGAUGCUCGUUUUCCAACUGUCCAAGGAAUUGUGCGCAGAGGCUUACAAAUUCAGGCUUUGAUACACUUUAUACUUGACCAAGGAGCUUCAAAGAAUCUGAAUCUUAUGGAAUGGGACAAACUCUGGAACAUUAACAAAAAAAUGAUCGACCCUGUUUGCCCCAGACACACUGCAAAUCCUUGA